UUGAAUACGAAGCGCUCUAACAUUCAAUUCGAGGCAAAAUGAAUAAGUAUGUGAAUAUCCUUUUCACUGAAGAUCCCUUGGAGCACGAGGAGGAUUAUAAUAGGCGCAACCAGGCUCCGGGGAAAGUUAUUUCCACUUUCAGUCCGAGGAAUAAUCAGGAAAAUGAUAUCGAGAUGAAUGCUCCUCCACAGAACGAAGCCAAGCGUCCGAUACUAAACUCAUCGAACUUCAAUAAGAUAUUCGGAGCAUCUGCCGAAACAGAUGAUUUCGAUUUUGAGGACUUUCCCGACCUCAACCAUCCGCAUCCAAAUGUUUCCAUUUGCGAGCAACUGCGCUUGACCUCCGUGAACCGCGGAAUUAUCCUGAGCAUUCAGCGGAAUCACCAAAAGCGACUCGAGGACCUUUGGCACUCGCAAUUAAUUGAAAAAUGCAGUUCCGGUCAUCCUUUCGGAAAUUAAUUUGGUCAGCAGGAGCUUUGCUCCUACCCACUUGACAUU